GAAUUCAAUAGUAUUAAGAUGGGUACUGCUGCUUGUGCUAUUCUCAGUCUUUGUUGGAGACCGUGGUGAUGACAUGGCACACAGCGCCCCAAUCAUCAAUACAACAGAAGAAAAAAUUGAACAACCUUCCGGCGUAAUUUGGAAUAUUACGUGCAAGGCUAACUACCCAAUUGUUUGGAAAGGUUAUGAUGCUCAUUUCAACUGGACACCACCCAAUGUCUCUAGUUCAUCCUUUCUAAGUGACAAGGAAACGAAAUAUGUUUCCAUUCUCAUCAUUUCCAAUACAUCAGCAGCAACGGUUGGCCGAUUUUAUUGCGUUAAAACAGAUAAGAUACAUGAACAUUUGGAUGAUAUGUUGACUGAGGGGUUCGCAUCCAGCUUCUACUUAUUUGUAUACGAUUACAAGCAGCCUCUUGUGCCGACGAAUGAGAAAGCGUAUUACACGACGCAUGAUAAAUUAGUUAUACCGUGUAAGCCUUCGUAUCCUGACAUAGAGGUGGAGCUAUGUAACAAGGAUGAAAAGUGCUUGACUGUUUCCGAUACAACAGAAGGAUUCAAGAUUCCGAAAACAUCAUCUAUCAUUUCUGAAGACGGAAUGCUGUAUUGUAAAUGCGACAAUGCAAGCUAUGCAGUUCAUAUUCUACCGACAGAAGCUUGGCUUGGACUCAUUGAUGAUCGCGAUAACAUUGCAGGACCAGAAGAGCGUAUCACACAUACAUGCAGUGUGUCUAUUGUCCCUGGCGAUAAAGUCAAGGUAUCAAUGAAUACCAAGCCAAACUAUCAGUCAACAGAUGAUGACGGCACAAUCCAAGUAGAAGCCUUGAAACCCGAGGUGCGCUAUCCAAUUGCAUUCAUUUUGAUAUCAGCCAUCCACCGUACGCCGCUCAACACCCGUGAAUGUGAUGUUAUAAACUUGCACUGCAAUGUAACAGGAAUGACAUAUUCAAAAUCGAAUUGGUACAAGAAUGGAGUAACUGUGGGAUCGGGAAAGCAAACUACCAACUUUCCCGAGGAUCGAACGGAUCUAUCAUUUGAGGGAUUCGUGCGACGCGAUGAUCCUGUGUUUGGAGAGUAUGAGUGUAAAAUGGAGAAGCCAGACGAAGCUGCGAAAAAUAUCCCUCAGAUAGCAAAUUCUAUCAUUGUUGCGAUUAUUCUACUCAUAAUAGCGGCUUUAUGUGUUUGUGUUCUAAAAAAUAGACUGAGAGUGAAUGGAUAUACUACAGUGUCCAAAAAAUAAGGUUACAUUAGAUUUAAUUUUAAAAAUUCCUUAAAUUUUCCACCAAACCAAUUUUAUUGCCUUCAAAGUAAUCCCUUCCAGACACAAUGCACUUAUGCUGACGAAUUUUCCAGUUUUCAAAACACAUGAAAAAGUUGAUUUUAGGGAUAGCCUUCAGCUCCUUCUUUGCAGUCACUUGAACCUGCACUAUUGUGUCAAAACAGUGUCCACGGUACGAAAAUUUAGGUUUGUCGAAUAGGCAGAAGCCACAUGACGUGAAAUCAGGAUAAUACAGUGGUUGCAGAACGAUAUGAGUGUAGUUUUUGACGAAAAAGUCACGGAGUAUCAACGCAGUGUGAGAUGGUGCAUUAUCGUGCCAAGGGCGAUCGACAUCAAAACGUUGCCGACCUUCCUGGGAGUCUUUGCAUCACUUGAUUUUUUUGAGAUAGAAUCGUCACUAAAAGUUUACUGUACCAUUUGUACCAACAAAUUUCUUUAAUGCAAAUUAUUUGCUUUAAAAGCUACGACAU